GCAGUAAAGCGUCAGUCAGCGUCCAGUUCACCAAAUCUGUGGAGAUAAACCCCAUUCCUGUCGAGAUUUCUCUGCAAGUCGGAAGGAAACUCCCAUUUGGAUAUGAAUUUUAAAACCCAAAGGGACUAUGUGCUUUCUCGCAACUUUGACGUCAUGUGACACAUCGGACUGCCCAAUGGAGGCCACUACGAUACUGACUGCCACGAACAGCCAAGUCAAGCGAAUCCUUCACGAACCUUCCGAGCCCAACGUCACGACUCUCACAAACACGUCUGUCCCGUUCCACCAUCACAUGAACAGUGCGGUGCUGGGGAUCUUCCUCGGGACACUGUCCCUCCUGACGGUCAUCAUGAACCUGCUGGUCCUGUUCGCCGUGAGAAAGGAACGGACUUUACACACAGUUGGGAAUCUCUACAUCGUCAGUCUGUCGAUAGCAGACCUUAUAGUUGGGGCGACGGUAAUGCCUUUGAAUCUGGUGUACCUUCUUGAGGACGAGUGGAAGCUUGGUCACGUUAUUUGCCAGUUCUGGUUAGUCAUGGAUUAUGUUGCGAGCACGGCGUCCAUUUUCAGUUUGUUCAUCCUUUGCUUGGACAGGUACCGAUCCGUACGACACCCAUUACAGUAUCUGAAGUAUCGGACACGGGGGAGAGCAACGCUGUUGAUUUGUAGUGCAUGGCUUCUCUCAAUGACUUGGAUCGUUCCCAUCCUCGGCUGGAGGAUGUUUGCUCGGGUCGAUCGGAAACCUGAACUGGAGAGCCAAUGCGACACGGACUUUCGCUUAGUGACGUGGUUUAAAGUUCUGACCGCCAUUCUUAACUUCUACAUCCCUUCGUUUCUAAUGCUUCUGUUCUACUCGCAGAUUUUCAUUGCGGUUCGGGAUCAUUACAGGGAAUGGGAGACCUUCGCCGGUCCCAUGGUGAAACCCGAAGCGGAUGAUACACUGGCGAACGGACUUCAGUUAAAGAUAACCAAAGCCUCGGAGAGAGAGAAUCAAGCGUAUUCUCAAAACGAGGGUCUUCUGGAUCAAUACAGUCUUGAACAGCCAAGAGACAAUAAUGACGACAACCCUGAUUCCCUGUCCGAGACGAAGAGGAAGAGUUGCUAUAAGAAGAAACAAAUGUUCAGACUUUCAAAACGCAUGAGAAAGAGCAUGCAAGACCCUGAAAUUUCAAUCGAUGAUGGGGAAACGGUCGCCGAAUGCCCGCCAUCGGUAUCUCUCGUCUUUCUACGACCGGAAAACAACACAGAGACCUUCAUAAAUGUGAACGACUGUAAUGUGCUAGUGCCGAACUCCGUCGGGAACAUUAGUGAGGGCGAGCAGACGGUGGAUAUUCAUAACUAUACUCAUAGCACGCCUCCAUCACCACCGUCCCCGUGGGCCGAGAACAACCCGCCGCUAAACACCAACGAUUCACUUCCCGCGAAACAAACAUGGCAGAAGCUCUGCGAACAGUCCAAGCAAAGCAUCCACAGCAUGCGGAUCCGCAAGGAGCGGAAAGCCGCCCGGCAACUGGGCUUCAUCAUCGGUGUGUUUAUGGUGUGUUGGAUCCCGUACUUCAUCACAUUCAUGGUCAUGGCCUUGUGUGAGACCUGUGUGCAUCACGACCUUCAUAUGUUCACCAUUUGGCUUGGGUACAUCAACUCCACUCUCAAUCCCUUCAUAUACCCACUGUGCAAUGAAAACUUCAAAAGGGUGUUCAAAAAGAUUUUUUAUAUUGAUAGAUAAGGAGAUCUGAUCCAUUUUUGACAUGUUUGUACAUCAGUUGCUCCGUCAUGCUUGUGAUCUUGGUAACACUUUACAACAGGGUUCAUUUUUUAAUGAAUUAACUAACAUGAGCUAACCAUGAGCAAUAGAUUUGUUACUGUAUUUGUUAAUCUUUGUUAAUGUUAGCUGUUAAUUGUUUGUUCAUGUCAGUUCAAGGUGCAUUAACUUUUGAAAAUUUGAAAAGUAUUAGUUAAUGUUGAAAUUAAGAUUAAGAAAGAUUAAUGAAUGCUGCAGUUCAUUUUUAGUUCGUGCUAACUUUAACUAAUAUUAACUAAUGAACUUUAUUGUGAGGUGUUCCCAUUUUGUUAUUUAUUGCUGAGUGUCAGCUUGACACGUCUGCAAUCUGCAUCAGAUUACAUUAAAAACUUAUUCCAUACAGUGUUUUAAAACCGGUUGUAUUGAAGCAUCUAUGUUGCUCAUUAACACAACCAUUUCCAGCGGGAGUUCUUCUCUACAUCUAUGACUACGUUAACAUGUAGCCAAUAGCCCGUUCAAAACCGGGAUAUUAGCAAUAUCCCGGAUUUUAAAGCUACACUGUGUAACUCUUUUAGUUUAU